AUGCUCAGAAUCAUCGAACUGGGCCUUUUAUUGGGCGCCAUCGCGACCCAAGCCGUUGAAGCGCUACCAGCGUUUAUUCCUCCUUCAUCUGCGUCUCAGUGGGUUUCCAAUGGCCAAGCAUUGUACUUCCAAACCAACGAAAAAGACAAUGCUAUCGUAUCUGUUAAAAUCAACGAAAACGGGACCCUCAGUGAGGGCCUCAAGGUGUGGACUAACGGUACUGGUGCCAGCGAAAUUAGCGCUGCGACCAACCAGACCGCCAGCCCAGACGGUCUAAGCAGCCAGGGCUCAGUUGCCGUUGUUGGAAACAGUCUUUUUGCCGUCAAUGCUGGCGAUAACACCGUAUCUUUGUUCAGCAUAGAUGAGCAAGACCCUACCAACAUCACACUGCUAGGUUCACCCGCAUCUGUUCCCGGAGACUUCCCAGUAUCGGUGGCGGCGUCGGCUUUGAACAACCUGGUUUGUGUGGGCACAAGUGGCACCAGAUCUGGUGUUGCAUGUGGGCCAUACUCGCCAUUUGUGGGGAUCGGUAAGCUAGAUUUUUUGAGACCCUUUGAUCUAGACCAAUCUGAAAUUCCAGCGGGCCCACUAGACACCGUAUCACAACUAAAGUUCUCUGACGACGAGACUAAACUUCUUGUGACUGUCAAGAGUGGUCCCGCCGUGAACAAAACCGGAUUCUUGGCUGUAUUCCCUGUGACCGGUUCAUGGUUGACAGGCGAAGCCAAGGUCGCACCCUCCCGCAUCGAGAGUCCAUUGAAUGGCACUGUCGCAAUGUUCGGGUUUACACAGAUCGGACAGUCGAACAGAUACUUUGUGGCGGACCCUGGCUUUGGUGCUGUCAUCAUUUCUGUGGACGAAAACACUGACUCCGCCCAGCUUUUGCACAAGCAGGUAAUUUCCGACCAAAAGGCUACCUGCUGGGCCGCUAUCUCGCCAGUGUCCAACUCCGCUUUUGUUACCGACCCUCUAGUCAAUCACAUCGUUGAAAUGAGCUUAACGGAUGCCUCGAUAUUGUCUGUUGUCAACACUACCAGCGCCAACGAUGCAACGGGUUACAUUGACUUGGCUGCAGCAGGUAGCUACGUUUACGCUCUGUCUCCAGGUGCCAAGCAAGGACAAGGUGCUGAGAUUGCGGUUGUUUCGGUGGCCGACGGUAACAACAAGACAGUCUCUCAGUCUUUCAGUGUCGGAUCCAAUGCCGGAUCGAGUGCUCAAGGUCUAGCAAUCUAUCCAUGA